GGUAGGUGUUCGAGAUACGACGGGAUUAUUUUUUUUCCUAAUCCCUAAUCUUUACAAUAUCUUUUUAGGGUACAAACACAAAAUGAUUGCGUUCCGACCUUGAUUCCACCACUUCAAUUAACACCACCAAAAUUAAUUAAACAAAUAAACACAAACACACACCUUCUUCAUUACAUUACAUUAUACAACUUACAACCACCAACACCACUAUUCUUUCUUCUAUUCAAUCCCCCCCGGCUGCUUAUGCUUCACGCUUCUUCAUGUUUACACCUCAAUUUACCUCCCUGAUUCCGAUUCCUUAUCAAAUUUCCCUCAUUUCUCAAAAACCCUAAUUUCCCUCUCCAAACCCUAAUUCCAAUUCUUUCCCAUUCCAUUCAUGGAGAGAUCUGGUUCUUUCCCUGAUGAUAAAGUGUUUGACGCUUCACAAUAUGCUUUUUUUGGGCAAAAAAGUAUGGAAAAAGCUGAUUUUGGUUGUUUAGAGGAAAAUGAUGAUACUACUUUGACUGGAAUGGCUGAUGAUGAGUACCAUUUGUUUGACCGAGAAGAGGAACCUGGUAUGGGAUCCCUAUUGGAAUUAGAUGAUCUGACAACAAUAUUUUCAAAGAUAAACAGAUCAGUUAGCGGACCUAGACAUCCUGGUGUUAUUGGUGAUCGAGGGUCAGGAUCUAUUUCGAGGGAAAGUUCAUCUGCAUCUGAUUGGGUACAAGAUAGAGAUUUACCUGAGUGGUUAGAUCAACAUAUUUCUGACACUGAAAGCAGCCAGGGAAGCAGGAGAUGGUCUUCACAGUCUCAUCUCCCAGAUCCUAAACCGUUGUACCGUGCAUCAUCAUACCCUCAUGAGAAACACCAAUUCUUCUCCGAACCUUUACUGGUACCGAGCUCGUCAUUACCUUCUUUUUCUCCUGGUGGCCAUAAUAACCUUCCGUCGCCUCGCCAACAUUCACAUCUAAGCCGUUCAUCUGGCUUGGGUAGUCCUCAGAUGCCGUUUUCCGAACCAAAUCUCUCACCUUUAGGUUCUGUUCCCAAUGUCUCUCGCUAUGGUGGGAACCGAAGUCAACUGCUUCAUCCAGGAUUAAGCCAAAACCAGUAUGCUCAGGCCCAAAACCAAUGGGCUAACCACACCUUACAUGUGGAUCAUGCUGGACUAUUAACAAACAGUUAUCAACAAAAGUUGCUUCAAAAUGGGUUCUUAUCACCGCAUCUAAUGUCACCACAUUCUCUACGUCAGCAUUCGUUGAGCCCGUUUGCACUCCAGCCUUACCUAUAUGAUUCACUUCCUUCACAUGCAUUACAUUUAAAUAAAUAUGGGUUAGCUGAUACAAGAGAUCAGAGACCGAAACAAAAGGGUAAACACAGUGCACGUAUAUCCCGUCAGGGCUCGGAUAGUAGCAAUCAGAAGACUGACAAAUGUCGGGUACAAUUCAGAUCCAAGUACAUGUCAGCGGAAGAGAUUGAGGGUAUUCUUAAUAUGCAGCAUGCUGCAACACAUAGCAAUGAUCCUUAUAUAAACGAUUAUUAUCACCAAGCUCGUCUUGCCAAGAGUUCAUCCAAACACCGUUUCAGCCCAGCUCACCUCAGGGAUUCUUCAAACCGAUCCCGUAAUAGUUCAGAUUCCCAACCUCAUAUCAAUGUCGAUUCUCAUGGAAGGAUUUCAUUUUCUCUCAUUCGUAGGCCUCAACCGCUUCUUGACGUUGACCCACCAUCUGGUUCGGGUGAUGGCGGUUCUGAAAAAAGAUCCGAGAAACCACUGGAACAAGAACCGAUGCUUGCUGCCAGAAUCAUGAUUGAAGACGGCCUAUGUGUACUUCUUGAUGUAGAUGACAUUGAUCGUCUUCUGCAAUCAACUCAGCCUCAAGAUGGGGGUUCUCAGGCGAGGCAAAGGCGCCAAAUUCUUCUAGAAGGCCUAGCGGCGGCACUUCAGCUUGUGGACCCACUAGGGGUAAGUUCUAGCGGGUUGGCACCUAAAGACGAUAUUGUGUUCUUACGGGUUGUAUCUCUCCCCAAGGGUCGAAAGUUGAUGUCCAGAUAUCUUCAACUUCUCUCACCAAGUAGUGAACUUGCACGAAUCGUAUGCAUGACCAUUUUUCGUCACUUACGGUUUUUAUUUGGUGGUCUUCCUUCUGAACAUGAAGCAUCUGAGACGGUUACAUCACUAGCAAAGAUAGUGAAAACAUGUAUCAGUGCAAUGGAUCUUAAUUCUCUUAGUGCUUGUCUUGCUGCUGUAGUUUGUUCUCCAGAACAACCGCCCCUACGCCCGCUUGGUAGUCCAGCCGGCGAUGGUGCUUCCAUUAUUCUUAAGUCAGUUCUAGAAAGAGCUACUCAGCUCUUAAGCGGUGCUAACUCGGGUUUGCAAAAUCCAACACUCUGGCAGGCUUCAUUUGAUGCAUUUUUCGGGCUUUUGACAAAGUAUUGUUUGAGUAAGUAUGAUAGUUUGGUGCAAGCUAUGUAUGCGCAGGUUUCACCAAGCACGGAGAUUGUAUUAUCUGAAGCUGCAAAGACCAUUAGUAGAGAAAUGCCGGUGGAGCUUCUUCGUGCUAGUCUGCCUCAUACAAAUGAUAAUCAGAGGAAGAUGUUGGUCGACUUUUCUCACAGGUCAAUACAUGUUGGUGAAUUCAGCGGUCAUAGAGGCAGUGGCCAGGCUGCUCCUGAAUCUGUAAGAGGGUAAAUUGAGAUGGGUAUUAUCUAAUGGUGGUUAAUGGCUAUGCCAAUUGUUGAUUGGCUCACAAAGGUCUGCUGUACCUUCAGAAAUUAGGGGAGUUGCUAAUACAUACUUAUCUGCCAGUUAGAGGUGAUUUUAUGGGCCUAUGGUGGGUGAAGUUUGUCAUGGAUGAUGGUUUAUAUGCUUUAGAUUAUAAAUACCGUGUGUGAGCAUGCGUGUGCCACCCCCAGUAGGUCGGGGUUGGAUAGAUGGUGUUUGCUGGGUGGGGGUUUAAGGUGCGGUUGCUUCAAAUAAUCUUUUAUAUAUCUGUUAUCUUGAAGAAACUUGCAUGUACAGGUUCUGAAAGUUUGUAUUAUCUGCGUUUACUGUUUUUUCUUAUUGGUGGUAAGAGUGGGGUAUGUUAUAUCAUACGAGUAGCAUACACUAAAGUCAUGUGAAACUUUAUUAAUUUUCAUGACAACAAUAGAUAGUUUACUUCAAUAAAUAAAUGUUUGAAUCCAGAACA